AUGAUGUUUCAGAAACUCAUCUGUUUCUGCCUGCUAGUAACGAUAGUUCGCACCGACUUAACGGACGAGAUCUCCAGCUCCAUAGACACAACUCCCACAACAUCCAACAGUGUGGCCCAAAAUUUAGAAGAACUAAAGAAAGAUGCAGCAAACCCUAAGCAUAAUGCAAUAUAUGCUUGCUACGUGAACUCGCUUUUCAGACUCGGGUCCAGUGAAAAUAUCCUAGACGUGCAUACAGGUGCAGGUAAAGGUCAUGGCCGUGGAGGAUAUGGUGAUAUGGACCAAGGGAUUGUUGGCAAACCUGCGGGAGUGCCAUUAUCCACAACAACCCCGGUAAUCCACAACUUCCAUGGUAUCCACAACAUCUACGGUACCCUGGAUCCAACAAAAACGUCUUCUACCCAGAUUACCCUCCGGAUUAUAUACGCUUGUAGCCUAUACGCCUCAAGGAACGUUCACCAGCGAGACCUCCAACGUAUUAACCUUCCCCCUUGCACAUACCUCGAUUUCAGUUGUAGAUCUCAUUGA